CUUUCAUCCGAAACCUCUUUGAUUGCUUGUUAGUAGUACCUCAUGCAUGAGCCUAGUUCCACAACAAUACCCUCCAAAACAGAAAAUGAAUCUACUUUAGAAAAGAUACCCAGCACUAGUACUAUCAUUGAGGAAGAGGCAGCGAUACUCGGGGGUGAAAAGGCAACAAUGAAUGCUACUGCAAACAGCAGUACUGCUCUCUUAAAGCAGAAAGAAUCCAUGAAUGUAGACACAGGAGUAAAAUUAGAUGAUUUAAAUUCAACGGAUUGUGACGCCGAGAUGCAGGACGUGGAUGACGGUAAAAAAGGGGGAAAUGGUAUGGACAGUGACGAUUCGUCGGAAGUGAAAGUCGCCGAUGAUGCCAUGAAUGCGAAUGAUAAUCGGAAAAACGACAAACUAGACAGUAACGAAGAGAAAAAAGAUGCUAAUGGAGAUUUGGCGUCCUCGGGUUUGGAAGAGGGAACUUCAUCUCUCUCCGAUACAAAGAAUGCAACACUGGUGGCUGCCGGGACGAAUUCUGCAGUUGAAUUACUCGAUGUCCGUUUAGCUGAAGAGGGUAAUGGGAAUUUUAAGGAAAAGAUGCAAACGACUGGCUCUAGUAUGGACUCUGUUGGACCAAAUGCCAUCAUGGAGUUAAAGUCAAAGCCGAAUGGCGCCUUGUCGAAUGACCAUCAGGAUUCAUCUUCCGCCGCGUUGGCAAACCCUGCUCCUCCAGUGAUGAAAGGAACUUUGUCGUAUAAUGUGGAGCUUCGCCGUCACGUGAUUCGAGGGAUGUGGAAUUACGAAAACUCGAACGAUUUUCCUCCCCAAAGAUUUGAGUUGCUACGCAAUUUGACUCCGGAAGAGGAAAUUACUAAGUUGCCAACGGACGGAGAGUUUCAUGGAUCUUUCAGUCUCGCAUACUUCCAUACAACCUCCAAGGGCAAGCAAAAAGAAAGAAGUCGAGUCAUUCCGGAAAGCGGGGUGGAUAUCAAGUUUUCAUGUGUCGAUGGCAAUCCGGGUGUGUAUAAGGUAGAUGGUAAAGGCACGAAUCAGUUCGGAGUAUUCCAUGUCAACGGAACCGCUAAAUCUAGCGAUCAUGAAGGUGAUUCGUCGAUGAAUAUUGUACUUCGGAAGAGAUACGAACCUUCAGUUCCCACAGCCGCUACAAACGAUCCCUUACCGAAAACAAAAAAACUAAAAACUGAAACUGCCGCUCCUGUUCUCGAAGCCGGUCCACUCCCCCCUCCAGCAGAAUCAUACCCGAAUGGCGUUGUUUGCUUGCGAGGAAAGCUGUUCAAGGAAGAGUCGAAUGACUUAGGGGUGACCGAGGUGAUUCAACGAAUCAAUGGAAUGUGGGCUUCGGGGUUAGAUUUUAUUUUGGCAGACCCGCUGAAUUCCAAGGGAAUGCUUUGUCGUUUCGAGUAUGAGCACAAGACUUCUAUGCCAAGUGGUACAUUUCCUGUGUCUGGCAGAUACAGUGGAUGGUUCGAUCUCAAGGGAGAUGAUGGGACGAAGACUCGUAUCAACGAACGCGACGUUGUUCUUAAAUUCAGAGCAAACGAAGCGGGCUAUCACAAUGUCGAAGGAAAGGGGAGUAAUGUGUUUGGAAAAUACACUAUCACUGGAACAUUAACAAGCGACAGCGUGAUCACAAUUUUUCGCCAUUUUGUACCACGCAAGAUAAAGGCUAACAAAUCAGUAACCUCAGCUCCGCCUCCAAUUAACGCGCCGCAGGCACGAAGACCAUCCAUACCAGGACCCUCUGUUGAACUCAAGCUCAAAAUGGACGAUGUCAAAGUUCCGAACGAGCUGGCUGAUAGGAUACCGCUGCAUCCGAUUAAGCCUCCCGAGCAUAGCACGUAUUCGGCUGUUUCUCGAGGAGUUUUGAGAUUAAACGAAGACGGAUCUCACACAUGCAACGGCAAAUGGGCUGUCACGCGAGAGCAUUUUACGAACGGACAAACUAGCAACUUUAAUUUUCGUUUGGAAGCGCAUCACGCCGCGGAAGCCCUAGCAGAGAUUGCACAGAACAGCGAUGAGCCGCGUCAAUUUCCCCUGGAUUCGAACUUGUACAAAGGAUCUUUUCAGCUGAAAAAACAAGCAGGGCGAUACCAAACUGUAGUCGAUCAGCAAGUUGUAAUGAAGUUCUGGAUGAAUACACAAGGAUCCUACAAUGUUUACGGGAAAGGGAUGAACGCAAUUGGCGAAUUUAAUCUCAUUGGGACUUUGGUGAUGAGCGGAAAGACUGGCGGUCAGGUUGAAUUGUAUCGGAUGUACCCUCCAGAGCGCUUGUCAAGCUCAGCCACGCCCAGAACUGGAUCUGUCUUGGCUUCGACGUCUGUAAAGGCAUCGGACGCAGUAGCGGCCGAACCUCAUCCAACUGGGUCAAGUCGACUGCCUGGCCCAUUGCAACCUUCAUCAUUGCACCGCCGUGAAUCAACUCGACUUGUGAAACUGCCCUCUCGACUAGAAGACGACGAUCCUUCUGCUCAGUUGUCUAGAGUAAUGGAAAAGUGCUCUCAAAUAUUGCGAAUAAUGCAUGAAAAAGAUGUAGAACUUGGUGCAUUUUUUGGAGAACCCGUGGAUCCAGUUGCGCUUGGUAUUCCGACCUAUCAUCAAGUUAUCAAGGAGCCUAUGGAUCUUAAGACGAUUCGCCGCCGGUUGGAAGCGGACGAAAUCAACAGCCCAGAGAAAUUUGCCCGAUUGGUUCGCCUUGUUUUUGAAAAUGCCAUGAUGUUUAAUAUUGACCCAGCACACGCCGUUCAUCAAUCUGCCCGAAAUUUACUGAUACAGUUCAACACAAAGUUCCGCGAUGUGGAACAUAUGUUGCAAACAAUUCGUCGAAAUCAGGGGGACGACGUAGAUGGAAAAAAGAAGGGCAAAGACGGCAAGCGCAGACGCGAAGAAGUCAAAAGCUUGAGGACUCAACGACUAGAAGAGGCCGAUUCCAUGGCUGCAGAGAAUUCAAGGCUUAUGUCCGCAAUGAUGGCGACCGCCCCCUCGCUAGAAUCGGCUGCCGUCACCCGAUCGGAGUUUAACACAAUGAUGCAAAUGAUACAACAUUUGCAGGCACAAAUUGUCCGUACUUAUACUGCAGUCGCAGAGCUGUCUCCUGGUGACGAGAACGACGUGUCCUCGUCUAUCGUUCCUGCUGCUACUCAUAGUUCUUCGUUGAUCGCGUCGUCUUCGCCUACGAUAGCUGAACGAAAGAAAAAGCAGCCAACUAAGCGUAAAUCUGAGAUGAUUGACGCUGCGGAAGAGCAAGUCGUUGUCGAUGAUUCAAAGCCACUUUCGUUGGAUGAACAAGAGCUUCUUACCGAGACAAUCAACGAACUUCCUCCCGAUCAGUUAGGCGGAGUGAUACAGAUAAUCAGAGAGGCUGCACCAGUUGGUGCCGAUGAGGAUGAGAUUGAUUUAGAGAUUGACCAGCUCGACACGAAGACUCAAAGGAAGCUAUUGCGUCACGUGUUGAAGUUUAUGAAGAAGUCCAAAACGAAAGCGAAAAAGAAGCCAAAGACUGCCCCGAAGAAGGCCACCACACAAAAGAAACCCCCGAAGGCAGCUCUAGCCCAAUCCCAGAAUGCUAAAUCUACAGUAGACUCUUUUUUUGCCUUCGGUGGCAAGGACGACAGCGAUUCUGAUUCCGAUGACGCGCCACCUAGGGCCAAGACAAACAACAACAGUGGGGGCAAAGGCUUCAGAGAUACUUCUGGUGACUUUAAGCUUGGAGAUGGACUAGGGGAUCUACAGGAUGACGACGACAUUGGUGAAGGUGGCAUCGCUACCAAUUGGGAUCUGCCCAAGCCGGUUGUCCAGGCUGAUGAAAUGGAUGGCGAGGACGACGGCGCUUGGGGCGCUGCGAGGGAGGAAGCUGCAGCAGCCAAGGCUCGCGAAGUCGAGCGGAAAGCUCGUGAAGAGAAGAUUAAGGCCGAAGCUGAAGUCGCCAAAAAAGAACGGCUAGCCGCUGCUCUCGCACUCGGCGAAAAGUUGAAGGAAGAGCGAGAGGAAGAAAAGGAGAAGGAAGCUCUUCUGAAAGAGCAACACGAGAAAAAGGCCGAAGAAGACCGCAAGGCUGCGCGCGAGGCUGCUCGAGCUGAGGUUCAAUCUGUUGAACAGACAGUCGAUAUGGAUGCACAGCGUGAUAUUAUGAAACAAUACGAAGAGAGCUUUCUCGAUAAGGACGUUGGUAGUGCGAGUCCCUCUUCGGAUUUUGGUUUUUAGUGAUAUGCUUUCAGCGGUGCAUUUGUUUUGGAUAGUAAAUGAGAGGGUCCCGCUUUCCAUUAUAUGUAUCCAGCGAUCCGUAAAAGAAGAAAUAUUAUCCCUUUCUCGAGAACCAAGAAUGCUCUCAGAUUGGAUCUUGACAAAUCUACUGUGAGAUCUUUUAGCCAAAAUAAUUUUACGAACGGAUGGCAGUUCUCUAACAAGUAGCUAGAUUCAUUCCCUUCGGCUGCUAG